GUCAAAUUCAUGACUUUUAGUUGUUGAGCUGGCGACCUGCGGCACCUUGAAUGUGGCAUCCGUGUGGGGCCGAGGCGUCACUCUCCUCCCAGCCGCCGCCCCAAGCACACCUCCUCUCUACUACUCUCAUUACUCUAUAUUACCCGCAAAAUGAGUGAAAUAAUAGGAAUCACACCUCUGCCAGGAGUGGAGUAUCCAAUAACUGUGCAUUACUGUGGCAACUGCACUAUGCCUAUAGAGUACUGUGAAUAUUAUCCUGGGUACGAGAAGUGUAAACAGUGGUUGGAGAAGAACUUGCCAGACAUGUUCCGAAAGCUUAUGGAUGGAGCCAGUGUAGGUGGAGAGGAAGGAGGGGAUGAAGAAAAGAAGAGACAGAAGCGUGGUGGGAAGGGCAUGGUCAAGGCCAAAAAGAAGGCUGAUGAAGGUCCGCGCAAGGUUGUAGUGUUCGUAGCGCCUCGGGGCAAGAAGAGGAACACGGUCAUCACUGGGCUGAAAACAUUUAAUAUUGAUCUUAAGGUGGCAGCAAAGUUUUUUGGGACAAAGUUUGCUUGUGGUUCGUCGGUGACUGGUGAUGAUGAAAUUGUUAUUCAAGGUGACAUUAAAGAUGACCUGUUGGACCUCAUACCUGAGAAGUGGCCAGAUAUCGACGAGGAUUGUGUAGAAGAUGGAGGUGAACAUAAACGCUGAGCUCAACGUUCGUUUUGUUCACUUGAUGGUAUUGCCAAAUGUCUCAAAUUUAAAUAAAAUUUUUGAAAAUCA